AUGGUUAAGAAAGACUUUCACUCCAUCUACAGUCGUCUUGUUCUGUGUAAAACGUUCAAGCUAGACGAAGACGCUAAAGUUUUGACCCCCGAAGAAACUCUCUUUAAUUCUGUGCAGUUAAUCAACUAUACUCAUGACUUGUGCAGUGCAUCGCCAGACGUUAAGUUCCGUACGCUUAUGUGUCUUGGACUGAACGAACAGUCGCUUCACCUGUGGUUCGAAAUCUUCUGCUCCAGUCAUGAUAUUGUCGAGAAGUGGUAUUGUCCGUGUUCGUUUAUCAGGAGUCCGGCGUGGGUGCAGAUCAAGUGUGAUCUGCGCGUGUUGUCUCACUUUUCCUUCAACCUCAGUGCUGAUUCAGAAUUGACUCCUCGUUUCCAGCGCUGUUCUGAGCAUCCAUUGAAGGAGAGUGUUCGUGAAAUGCUUGUAAAACAUCAUCUCUUUAGUUGGGAACUUUGA